AACACACGGCGGCAUUGUGACGUCAUCGAACGAGAAGCAGGCAAAGUCGUGGUGGUUGUGAUCGGCUGCACUUUGAAGGGGGUUCCCUCUACAAGCGGAUUAUUUUGGCUCAACUGUCCUCCACCUUUCCCUGGAUGAAAUGGGAGGGUGUAUUGGAGCACACAGAGACAACGGGCCACCCUCUGGAGAAUCUUCUGAUGUCACGGUUUCUAUUGGACGAAACCAACCCCUGAAACCAGAGAAACCUAAAUGGAAAAGUGAUGUUCCAUUGACUGAAGGACAGCUCAGAAGUAAAAGAGAUGAAUUCUGGGACACAGCCCCUGCAUUUGAAGGCAGAAAAGAGAUCUGGGAUGCACUUAAAGCUGCUGCGUAUGCUCUGGAAACCGGAGACCAUUCACUAGCUCAAGCCAUCGUUGAUGGAGCCAAUAUAUCAUUACCAAAUGGUACUUUAAUGGACUGCUACGAUGAACUAGGCAAUCGAUAUCAACUUCCUGUGUAUGUGUUAAGUGCCCCGACCAAUUUAAUUGAGGAAGUCAGUGACAGUGAUACAAUACAAGAUGCAGACUCGGCGUCCCCUGGUCUGGAACUACCAAUCAAAUUCCGUCUUUCACACACUAAUAAAGACUUAAAGUUGUACGUUCGAACAACGGACACUGUAUGGAAAGUUAAGAAAAGAAUAUUCGAAGAAGAAGGCAUAGAUCCUUCUCGUCAGCGAUGGUUUUUCUCUGGUCGACUCCUUAGUGAUAAAAUGAAAAUUGAAGACACAAAAAUUUCCAAAGGAUUUGUAGUACAAGUCAUUGUAUCGCCAUCUCCAUGUAAUCCAGCUGGUGACCAUGCUUAACAGGAGUAUCAUUAGUAAAAUGAAAAAUUAUUGCUUUUAUGGAAUACGGCUGAUGAAAUACCGCCAUGGAAAGAAAGAAAAAAAAAAGAAACAAAA